UCCUUUCCCGCCAGGAUGAGCCUGCCCGCAAACCAACUCAAGGAGCCCAGCCAGGAGUCACUACCCUCAAACCAGCUCAAGGAGUCCGGGGUCGGGAUCGUCUGCUCUGAUCCGGAUGUCGUGGUGGAGCUAAAUGUUGGGGGGCAGUUCUACACCACUACUAUGGGCACCCUGCUGAAACAUCCAGGCUCCAAGUUUUCACAGAUACUAUCCCGGUCAGCAAAACACUACAGGGAUGCACAGGGUCGCUUCUUCAUUGAUCGUCCUGGUACCUACUUUGGUCCUAUCUUGGACUACCUACGCACCGGGAAAGUGCCCACAGAGUGCAUCCCUGAGGUAUACCAUGAGGCUAAGUUCUACCAAAUCCAUCUCUUGGUCAAGAUGUUGGAGGAUAUGCCACAAAUCUUUGGCGAACAGGUGGCUCGAAUGCAGUUCUUGCUGGGUGUGCCAAACUACAGAGAGAACCUGGAGGUCUUGCUGCACCUGGCUCGGGCAGAGGCUGUGGCAAUGCGCUUGUCAAAGGUGGUGGUGUGUGUGGUGCACACAGAAGAGGAAGAAGCAAAGUGUGUGGAGCCGUUGCAUAUCUUGGAGGCCAAAAAGACACCUGUUGUCAAAUUUGGUCCCUGGAAGGCAGGCCCCAAGACGGAGGACUUUGUGUACUGCCUGGAGAAGGACAUUAAAGACCAGGGGUAUAAUGUGUCCAUUCAGAGGUACCACCUGAAUAGGAACCCCUACACAUGCUUCUGGAUAUUCGUCUUCACUUGGUGGUGAUUCCUAGGAGCUGGGAUUGUUUGUUAGGGGCUGUGGUGACUUGCCAUCCAAAUCCAUGCUCUAAAUUUGAGUCUGUAGUUCCAGCACUUGGGAGGUUGAGAUAAGAUGACUACCAUGGGUUCAAGGCCAGCCUUAGAUAUAGGUUGAAACCUUAUUGAAAUGGCUCAGGAGAGGCCAGGCUAUACUGACUCCACACCUGCUCCUCUUAUGAGUGAGCCAUAUCUUGCUUGCCAGAACAAAGUAGGGUUUCUCCCAUUUUCUGAGAAAUGAAGCUUGUCAAAUGUUUAACAGAUCAAAGGGUUCCUCCUUUCUUGCUGGGAAAUAAACAUAAUAUAAUUCCCUUAGCCUAUGCCUAGUGUGAUAUAAUAGUGACUUUGUCUUUUAAACUCUGUGGUGCUCAUCUUAGGGGCCAAGAGUUCUUUGUGGCCGGAGUCUAAAAUCAGUCACAGAUUAAAUAAAGGACUCUUAUCUGA